CUCUUCAGUGAGUAUACGGAAAUCGCUGAGCUUUUCCAGUGGGCAUACGGCGUAUACCUGCGUAUCACGUAGACUACACCACUGCUUAGCAUUCGCCUAUAUUGCCUAUGCCACGGGCCGGCUCUGUGUGUGUGUCCGCGUCUGUCUGUCUGUCUCCAGUGUGUGUGUGUGUCCGCGUCUGUCUGUCUCCAGUGUGUGUCUGCGUCUGUCUGUCUCCAGUGUGUAUCCAUAGUGUGUGUGUCCCUCCCUCCGCCCAGAGCAGGAAGUGAAAGUGAAAGUCAGCAGCUCCAUUUAGUGCCGAGGAGAAAACGAACCUUUUCAGGACUAAAACACGACCGGUGCUUGACCACGCCCCCGCUGCCACACUGCUGUUUUGAGAGCCUGAGGGACUAAUCCAGUUGAAAGGGAAUGAUGGAGGGAAAGAGAUCAGACUCACCAGAACCCAGCUGUGUGUCCAUGAAGAGUGACUGGUCAAUGGACCAUCCAGCUAACUUCAGAGACAGAGACAGUCCUGCUGAUCUGAGACCACAAAAGAAGAAAUCAAACAUCAGCAGAAAGCAGCUGGAGUCCAUAUUCAAGGAGCUGGAACACAAAGUCAUCAGUGUGAUCCAGAAGGAGCUGAAGAGGUUUAAGAAGCUCCUGAGUCCAGAUUCCCCAGCAUGCUCUGAGAGGGAGGUGGAGGAUGAGGAGGAUCAGAGCAGUGUCAGAGAGGGAGUGCUGAAGAUCACACUGCACUUCCUGAAGAACAUGAACCACACAGAUCUCGCUCACACACUGCACUACAAACUCAUCUCUGUGUAUCAGCAAAAGCUGAAAUCCAACCUGAGAGAGAAGUUUAAAAGAGUUAAGGAAGGAAUCUCACAGCAUGGAAGCUCAGCUCUUCUGAAUGAGAUCUACACAGAGCUCUACAUCACAGAGGGGUGGAGUGGAGACGUCAAUAAAGAACAUGAGGUGAGACAGAUUGAGACAGCAUCCAGGAGACCAGCAACACAGGAGACACCCAUCAAAUGUAAUGAUCUCUUUAAAGACACGUCCAUCAGAAGUGUGCUGACUAAAGGAGUUGCUGGAAUUGGAAAAACAGUCUCUGUGCAGAAGUUCAUUCUGGACUGGACUGAAGGAGAAGCAAAUCAGGAGGUCACCUUCAUGUUCCCACUUCCCUUUAGAGAGCUGAAUCUGAUGAAGGAGAAAAAUCUCAGUCUGAUGAAUCUUCUUCAUCACUUUUUCCCAGAAAUGAAAGAAUUUCGAUUAAUAGACUGUGAUAUGAACAAAGUCCUGUUGAUCUUUGAUGGUCUGGAUGAGUGUCGACUUCCUCUAAAUUUCCAGAACAGUGAGAGAUUGUGUGAUGUGACAGAGUCGGCCUCAGUGGAUGUGCUGCUGACAAACCUCAUCAAGGGGAAUCUGCUUCCCUCUGCUCUCCUCUGGAUAACCUCUCGACCAGGAGCAGCCAAUCAGAUCCCUCCUGAGUGUGUAGACCAGGUAACAGAGGUACGAGGGUUCAGUGAUCCUCAGAAAGAGGAGUACUUCAGGAAGAGGAUCAGUGAUCAGAGCCUGGCUAAUAGAAUCAUCACACACAUGACAUCUUCAAGAAGCCUCUACAUCAUGUGCCACAUCCCAGUCUUCUGCUGGAUCUCAGCCACUGUUCUCGAGAGAAUGUUGGGUGAAGCAGAGAGUGGAGAGAUCCCCAAGACUCUGACUCAAAUGUUCACACGCUUCCUGAUCUUUCAGAUCAAACACAAGGACCAAAAGUACCAUCAGAAAUGUGAGCCUGAUCCUCAGCAGACCAGAGCGAGUAUCCUGGCACUGGGAAAACUGGCUUUCCAACAGCUGGAGAAAGGAAACCUGAUCUUCUAUGAGGAAGACCUGAGAGAGUGUGGCAUUGAUGUGAGAGAAGUGUCAGUGUACUCAGGAGUGUGUACCCAAAUCUUCAGAGAGGAGUUUGGGCUUCACCUGGGGAAGGUGUUCAGCUUCGUACAUCUGAGCGUUCAGGAGUUUCUGGCUGCUUUAUACGUUUUUCUCUGUUUUAAUUUUAGUAAGGGAAAUGUGCUCAUGGAUCAAAGGACUGGGCUUUUUAAUUUCUUAAGAAAGUCAAACACGUCUGAUUUUCUCAAGAGUGCAGUGAACAAGGCCUUACAGAGUGAGAAUGGACACCUGGACCUGUUCCUCCGCUUCCUUCUGGGUCUCUCACUGGAGUCCAAUCAGACUCUCUUACGAGACCUACUGCCCCAGACAGGAAGUAGAUAUCACAGCAAACAGGAAACAGUCGAGUACAUCAAGGAGAAGAUCAGGGAGAAUCCAUCUCCAGAGAAAUCCAUCAAUCUGUUCCACUGUCUGAAUGAACUGAAUGAUCAUUCUCUAGUGCAGGAAGUACAACGUUACCUGAACAGAGAUGAUUUCAGUCGUCUCAGUGGAGUCAGACUCUCUCCUGCUCAGUGGUCAGCUCUGGUGUUUGUGUUACUGAACUCAGAACAGGAGCUGGAUGAGUUUAAUUUGAGGAAAUAUGACUCAUCAGAUGAAUGUCUUCUGAAGCUGCUGCCAGUGGUCAAAGCCUCCAGAAAAGCUGAUCUGUGUGGGUGUAAACUGACAGAGGAAAGCUAUAGAGUUCUGUCCUCAGUUCUCAGCUCAAACUCCUCCAGACUGAGAGAACUGGACCUGAGUCACAAUAACCUGCAGGAUUCAGGAGUGAAGCUGCUCUCUGCUGGACUGGAGAAUCCACACUGUACACUGGAGAUACUGAGGUUGUGUAACUGCAGUAUUACAGGUGAAGGUUGUGCUGCUCUGGUUUCAGCUCUGAGGUCAAAUCCCUCAUCACACCUGAGAGAACUGGAUCUGAACUGGAAUAAUCCAGGAGAAUCAGGAGUGAAGCUGCUCUCUGAUCUACUGAAGGAUCCACACUGUACACUGGAGACACUACAUCUGUGUGGGUGUAAUCUGACAGAGGAAAGCUAUAGAGUUCUGUCCUCAGUUCUCAGCUCAAACUCCUCCAGACUGAGAGAACUGGACCUGAGUACCAAUAACCUGCAGGAUUCAGGAGUGAAGCUGCUCUCUGCUGGACUGGAGAAUCCACACUGUACACUGGAGAUACUGAGUCUGCGUGGGUGUAAUCUGACAGAGGAAAGCUGUAGAGUUCUGUCCUCAGUUCUCAGCUCAAACUCCUCCAGACUGAGAGAACUGAACCUGAGUAACAAUAACCUGCAGGAUUCAGGAGUGAAGCUGCUCUCUGCUGGACUGGAGAAUCCACACUGUACACUGGAGAUACUGAGGUUGUCUAAAUGCAGGAUUACAGGUGAAGGUUGUGCUGCUCUGGUUUCAGCUCUGAGGUCAAAUCCCUCAUCACACCUGAGAGAACUGAAUCUGAACUGGAAUAAUCCAGGAGAAUCAGGAGUGAAGCUGCUCUCUGAUCUACUGAAGGAUCCACACUGUACACUGGAGACACUACAUCUGUGGGGGUGUAAUCUGACAGAGGAAAGCUGUAGAGUUCUGUCCUCAGUUCUCAGCUCAAACUCCUCCAGACUGAGAGAACUGGACCUGAGUAACAAUAACCUGCAGGAUUCAGGAGUGAAGCUGCUCUCUGCUGGACUGGAGAAUCCACACUGUAAACUGGAGAUACUGAGGUUGUCUGGCUGCAGGAUUACAGGUGAAGGUUGUGCUGCUCUGGUUUCAGCUCUGAGGUCAAAUCCCUCAUCACACCUGAGAGAACUGAAUCUGAACUACAAUAAUCCAGGAGAAUCAGGAGUGAAGCUGCUCUCUGAUCUACUGAAGGAUCCACACUGUACACUGGAGACACUACAAUUGUAGUUUUCGUCCUGAUCUGAUCUGAGUCUCACACACAGAGGAUGAUGAGGAUAAACCCUCACAGUACAAAGUGAUUUGAAAAUCAUCAUCAUCAUUUAGUGAUAAUCAGAUGUGUACAACAUGUCAGCACUUCCACUUCUCUAGUUGUUUGUAAAAAUACACCAGCUGAGAUAAAUAAACUUUAAUUAACUCAACACUCAUAAAUAUUUUCUUAUUAAUAUCUUUUACAGCAAAACAGAAACUGUUAAUGCACAUCGAACAUCAUUUAAUAGUUUUGUAUGUACAGUAUGCUUCUGUUUUUCCAUUUACAUGCAGCAGAAGGUCACAUUUAUGUUUAAAACACAUCAUAAAUAUCUUAUAGUAUCAGUUCACUGCAGUAAUUUUGUCAUUGCACAAAGUUACACACUGUUUAUAACUGCGUAAAGUAAAUUAUUUUCCUCCUGAAAUUAUAAAAUUCAGAUGAGAGAGGUUUAAUUUGGUUAACU